AUGACCGGCGCAGCAGUGCGCGCGGCGGUCACUGCGCUGCUCCUCACUCUGCUGCUGGCCGCAACCCGCGCCAAGAAGGCGGCGCCUGCGCAGCAACGGGACGAGUUCUACUUUUACAAUGAGAUGACUGGUGCAGUGCAGUGGGAAGACCCCGGUGAUGUGCCCUUUGAGGACGACAACGGGCUGCGUUUCUGGCUGGGCAGCAGCCACGAAAAGCUGUCAGAGGACCCCACCAAGAUGAAAUACUCCUGGGUCGAGUUUUGGAGCGAGGACCUGCAGCGGCCGUACUUCCACAAUCAAGAGACUCUGUGA